GCCGUAAAAGCUAUGCAGUUUGCACGAAAUCAAAUCACAUUGGCACAACAAUUGAAAGAUCCAGUGUUGGAAUGUAAAUGCUGGAUAUAUUACGCGGUUGAUUUAAUUGAGCUUGGUAAAAUUCAAAAAGCUGAAAAGAUCAUUGCACGACAAAAAAAUUUUGCGAUUAGGAAGUUACACGGAGAUCAGACG